GAUGCAUCUGCAUUGUUAUUUUUAUUCAUAUCAGUCACAACAAUAAUAAAUACAUACAAACUACUUAACUGACAUAUCAAGUUUGUGUAAUAACAUCUACAGUGUACAAAGCAUGGACAUUAUUGUUGUGUGUUUGUAUUAAAUGGAAAGUGUCGGUAAAGAGAAACUAUUGAGAUCAUAUAGUAUUGCUAUAUAUAUACUCGCAAUGCUUCAAUUAAUUCACCAGUUGAUUAUUAUUUUAUUUUUAAAAUAGAAUGUCUUGGAUACGUGCUGUUUGGAUAGAAGGAAACCAGGAGGAAGAAGGAGUAGUUCCUAGUAAUUGGGUCAAGGGAAAGAUUUUGUAUUGGCCUAAUGGGAUCAAUGCAGAAAAGGCCAUAAAAAUGGGGAGAGAGCCAACAGAUAAGUGGAGAAAAUUUCAAGUUAUAAAGAACAAGUGUCAAUCAGAUAGCCGUACAGAGUGUGAGGAAUAUGACCUCACAACAUCCUUAGAGACAGAUGAUGACUCGCAAAGAGAGGGGAAAAGAGAGAGGAAAAAGAAAAUCUUCAGAGAUUUUGUUAAUGAUGAAAGUGAUGACAAGCAGCCGGACCAGGAUAAAACUUCACCUGCGAUUACAGAACCUGUUGUUGGCAGCUCUGGAAGCAAAUCUUUGCCCAUCCCACCAAGAAAACUUCCAGUGAUGGAGAAGUCAAAAUCAUUAGAAAGAAGAGUGCAUAGCAAGGACAGAUUAAGUGAAAUACCCAACAGAUCCAACCAACAAAAGUCACCUGUUGUUCAGUCUAGGUCACGAUCAAGGUCAAAGUCAAGUUCAGCAGAUCUAGACUUGGAGGGGGCAAAGUCACAUAAUAGGCGAUUCAGGUCACAUACUAGAAGUAGGUCAAGGUCAUGGUCAAAUGUAGAGAAGUCAGGGGCAGGAAGUAGGUCAAAAUCAAGGUCAGUAGAUUUAGAAAGAUCACAGCCUAGGUCAAAAAUAUGGUCAUCAGAACAAGACAAAUGCAGAUCACAAGGGAGAGACAUAUCUCCGUGUAGGACUACUAGAAGAUUUCAAUCUAGGUCAAGGUCAAGGUCACGUACCACAAACAAGUUUAUGACUCCAGUCAUACAAUCUUACAGAGAUGUAUCCAGGAAUCAGCCAAUGGCUUUUUUUAGAUCUCCUACAUCCCAAAGCAGAGAAGAACGGUAUUCCUUUAUAAGGUCAAGGUCAAGAUCUCGAUCAGUUUGAGAAAGGUCAAUGUCUCGAUCAGUUCGAGAAAGGUCAAUGUCUCGAUCAGUUCGAGAAAGGAGGUCAAAGUCAAGGUCAAUGUCUCGAUC